AUGAAGGUGGAAGAGUACCAAGUAGCCCAGCUCUACUCUGUGGCCGAAGCCAGUAAAAAUGAAACUGGUGGUGGGGAAGGAAUCGAAGUUUUGAAAAAUGAACCAUUUGAUGAACACAUCAAUGUUCCUAAAGAACCCCUUUACGCAAAUGGCAAAAAAUAUACCACAGGCCAGUUUACACACAAGAUAUACCAUUUAAAAAAUAAAGUUCCAAAAUUCAUCAGGUACAUGGCCCCCAAAGAGGCUUUUGAGAUUCAUGAAGAAGCCUGGAAUGCUUACCCUUAUUGCCGAACAAUAAUCACAAAUCCAGGAUACAUGGGAAAAGCAUUUGAACUCAAGAUUGAGACCAUUCAUCUGGAAGGACAAGGCAACUUGGAAAAUGCUCACAGUCUAUCACCUGAACAAUUACAGGAGAGAAAUGUAUGUUUAAUAGAUAUUGCUAAUAAUAGCCAUGUGAAUAGUAGUGAUUAUAAAGAAUCUGAAGAUCCAGUUUUAUAUAAAUCUGAGAAAACUAAUCGAGGACCUUUGAAAGAAGGCUGGAUGUCUACUGUGGAUCCAGUGAUGACAUGCUACAAAUUGGUCUCUGUUAAUUUUGUAUGGUUUGGAUUGCAGAAACGAGUAGAGACUCUUAUCCAGAAUCAAGAGAAACGUAUCUUCACCAAUUUCCAUCGUCAAGUAUUUUGCUGGACAGAUAAAUGGUAUGGUAUGACUAUGGAUGAUAUUCGACGCCUUGAAGAUGAAACAAAACAGGAGUUAGAUGAGCAACGAAAAGUUGGCUGUGUUCGAGGAACGGUAGCUGAGUAG